AUGGAAAACAAAGUAUUUUACAUUCAAUACCUUGACAAUCAGCCAGUCAGGAUUGAUAUUUAUAUCAAUAAUGAAAGGACUGCUUUGCGGUCUUUUCCACUUGAUAGUGUUACUGACCUGGUUGUAGCAAUCAAGCAAACACUUUCAUCGAAACUUGGUGCUAUAGACCCUGACAAGCUCACCAUCCAUUAUGUGGUCGAUGGUCCAGCCGUUGCUGGGAAUACUCUGUUGACCUCCAUUCAGGAACCAGUUGGUUCUUACGACCAUUCACUUGUCAUCAAAUCAAAAAAUGAUUCUGGUCAAAGUCUUGUUAAUCGUCUUACAGUAGACGGUAAAGCACAAAAUUCGAUGCUGCCAUUUAAGCUUUCUCGCAAUCCUCUUGCUUAUCUAAAUGUUCAAUAUGUCCGGUUUGGUUAUUGUAAAUACCUUGCCGAUACGUUGGGCGUACAAUUGAACUUUGAUAAUCUCCCUCAUCGUGAUUAUGAUGUGAACUCUGAUUUUUUUCGUCAGAUAAUGGGAGCGCUUCUUAAAAAGGGGAUUAAGCGUGUGGUAUUUGAUGAAUCACAAAGACACCUUGGACUCAUUGAAUUCAUUGUCAAGGAAGGUGCUAAACGACCUCACUUUAUAAUAACGGGAACUCCUCCUCAUGGAAAAAACGCAAUUGAUUACGGAGGCAGCGCUUCAGCAAGAAUGGCAGGGCUCCAUCUGUGUUCUGAACUUUUGGACUGUCUUUGGUGGCGAUCCGUACCUUUAACAACUCUUGCAAAAGACAUGCUUGCUCAAUUGGAUAACGAUACCAGAUCCAAAAUUGCUCUUGGCGAGAAAUUUCCACAGGAUUUACUACAUAAGUGUAUCGAUGAAGCCAGAACAGCUCUUUGGGAAAGAUGCAUCAGUGCUGAUUUACUCAACGCGAUUCCAACAACUGGUGUCAACAGGAUGGCUAUUCAGCAAGAUCUUCAAAAAGAUGUUUCUCAACUGGUGAGACAAGGACUCUUGAAAGAGAUUCCGUAUUUCUCAGACUCUAAAAAAUUUCGAAUUUGUUGUACUGACUACAACGAAGGACCUAACAUUGUUGAAAAAUCUUGGGCUCGAUGCCGGGGGUACGCAAUGGAAAAUAUUAUUUGUAGCUUUGUAGGAGAGGCUCUUUUUCGUAAACUUGGAGAUAUUCUUAACCUCCCGAGUAAUCGCUAUGAAUUAUAUGAAUAUUUUUACAAUGGAACUGAUGCUGAUAUACUUCUUCGUGAAAGGACUCCUUUUUUGGAUGAUGCUGACAAAACUUGGAAGCGGCAUUGGGUUGUUUUUAACAUCAAAACCAGCAGUGAUGCUCUCUUGAAUACUGAUUCCGUGCAAAAGUUCUCUAGGUUGUGCGAAGCUAUUUCUAGGAAGGAAAAUGACCUUUUGGAUAAGUGUUCAUUGAUUCUCGUGGCUGCUCAAAUAGAUGAAGCAACAAAAGAAAAGUUGCUGGUAACCUGGGAAGACUUUGAUGUUCUCGGUGUCUACGAUUUGGAUGAUUUAUUUAGCAACGUACCUGAACCCGCUGUCAAAACUAAGCAUAAUUUGCUUGUAGUCGAACGAACGAUUGAAAAGGAAAUAAUUGAAAAGACGCAACACGAUACGAUUUCUUUGUCUGGUAGAUAUCGAUGCGGCAAGACUACUUUUUUGAAAGAAUGUUAUGGCGAAGAUAAUGGUUGUAUUUUUGUUGAACUUCCGGAAUCCAAGAUACAACCGCUUUCCUUGGAAUUGAAACGAAUUGAAUUAAUGACAAAAAUGGAUCAAAUAGGACACAAAUAUCUGCAAUCGUUGUAUUCAAAGUAUUCUCGGUUCUUUGGAAUAAUGGCCAAUUUGGACGAUGCAAAGGUUCAGAAACGAUUAAGAUUACAAUUACUAGAAUUUCUUGGUGUUCUGGCUAUUUAUGGCUUCAGUAGCUCAUCAUAUGGCAUUGACAUCAUCAAGAAAUACCCUCCACAAGUCUUGAAACACUCUAAAAAACAUGCAAAUGUAUUCAAAUGCGAAAAGCCUUGGAUUAAUUCAAUUGAAGGAGAACUAGGUCGUAAUAUUGAACAAAGCGAAAAGAUUGGACGAUACAAUGUUGAUGACUACGAUGAAGAAUCAAACACAAUCUAUGACUUUCUGGGAUACUUUUUCCACUGA